AUGUUCGGGAGAACAAUCCUAGUGUUGUUGUUAUUGUGGACGCAAGAUGCAGUUAGAAGUUUGCGUCUCGUGGAACUCCGUGUACCGACCCACGAGCCAGAAGGUGGUAUGGCUCUUCUUGGCUGCCAGUACGACUUAGAAGGGGACACUUUGUAUUCUGUCAAAUGGUACAAAGACGGACGCGAGUUCUACCGCUUCGUGCCUAAAAAUGAUCCUCCUGUAUAUUACUUCCAAACACCUGGAGUAAACGUUGAAAUAGGACGUUCUUCAAACACUGUGGUGGCGCUAGUGAACCUCACACAGGAGUCUGCAGGACAUUACCGCUGCGAAGUGUCCGGAGAAGCACCUUCAUUUGCCACCGUAUACAGACAAAAAUACAUUAACAUACACUUGCUACCAAAAGGUGGACCCCGGGUAAUUGGUCUCAAAGAGCAAUAUAAUCUGGAUGACCUGGUUGUGGCCAACUGUACGCUGCCACCUUCUCGUCCAAAGGCGCAUUUAAAAUGGCUCGUCAACGACAAGCCUGCUCCCUCCUCCUACAUUCUGGGACCCUGGUACCGAGUGUCGGCUGAACGACCUGAUGCUGCUGAAACCUUUCUGCAGCUGAGUUUCUUUGCAACCACUUCUGAUUUUGUUAAUGGUGCUAUCAAAUUAAAAUGCCAAGCUACGAUUGCACCUCUCUACCAAAGAGAGACGGAGUCCACCCAUUAUAUAUCUCUACCUUUUUCUAUGGCCGCUCAUCCACCUGAGGCAAAGGAGAUCAGAGACAUCGCCUCGUCGGUGGAAAAUACGUUAGCAACUAUAAUUGUACCAAUUAUGAUGUUAAUAUUAAUGUAA